AUGCACGCCUCUUCAGAGAGGAAUGAGGUACAGGAAGCAGGACCACAUCUAGCUGCUGGGGUUUGGAAUGCCAAGUGUCAAGUGACAAAAGGCAUCUUGACCCAGUCAGAGGUGACCCAAGACAAAGGGAGGGAGAUGGAAGAGCAGGACCCAGAAGGAGCUGCAGCUGGCAAGACAGCAAGCAAAGGCCCCCCUCCCACCCAAGCUGGGAGUGGUGGUGAAGGCUGGGAAAGCCCCGUGCCAGAGACACCUUUUCAGGUCAUGGAGAACUCAGAGGUGCAUGGCCUACACUUCCGGCAGUUCCAGCACCGUGAGGCUGAUGGGCCCCGAGAGGUUUGCAGCCGGCUCCAUCAACUCUGCAGCCACUGGCUGAAGCCAGAGAGGAACUCCAAGAAGCAGAUGGUGGACCUGGUGAUCCUGGAGAGGUUCCUAGCCCUCCUGCCCCAGGAAAUGCAGCGCUGGGUCAGGGAAUGUGGGCCGGAGACCAGUUCCCAGGCGGUGGCCUUGGCCGAAGGCUUCCUCCUGAGUCAGGCCGAGGAGAAGAGGCAGGCAGAGCAGAUGUGGGGACUAUCCUUGGAGAGAGAAGCUCCAUUCCCUGAGGCAGAACGAGGUUCCUUGGAGGGAGGGCAGAGGGCGCAGGCCCAGGAGGGUGCCCAAGAUGCCCUCUCUUGUGGCAGUGGAGAGAUGCUGUUGAGUCAUUCCAGAGGUGUGGAAACAUCUGCUUUACCUCCAGUCCAGUGCCCCUUUUCCUUUGAGGAGGUGUCCAUCUGUUUCACCCCAGCAGAAUGGGACCUACUUGAUCCGGGCCAGAAAACUCUCUACAGGGAAGUCAUGCGGGAGAACUAUCGGAGCGUCAUCUCUCUGGAAGGGAUAAGAGAGACUUUUAUGGAGAAAGACAAUGAUUUCACAUCUGAAGAAAGGCUGGAAAGUUUCUCAAGGGGAUCCCAAGAACAUACUUCCUUCCCAACUCAGCGGGCUGAGAAGGAUGAUCAGAGAAACGAGGAGGGUGGGGAACUUCUCCAGCACUUGCCAGAUCAAGAUCAAGACUUGAAAGAAAACAAAAGAUAUCGAAGCAGACCUAAGAGAAAGGAAGGCAGCUGUAAGGUUGAGAAGAGGAAAGAAAAAAGGAUUAAUGUACAUUUUCCAAAGCAGAGAAUAAUUAAGGCAUGUACAUCCAGUCAGUAUAGAAAGUACUUCAAAAAUAGAUCACAGCUCCUUGUGCACCAAAGAGGACACAAAGGCAAGAAACCUUCUGAAUAUUCAGAGUGUGGAAAGAGAUUCAGUCACAGUGGCACUCUUCAACAGCAUCAAAGAACCCACACUGGGGAGAAACGUUUUGAAUGCUCAGAGUGUGGAAAGAGAUACAGUCACAGAGGCACUCUUCGACACCAUCUAAGAACCCAUACAGGGGAGAAACCUUUUGAAUGUUCAGAGUGUGGGAAGAGAUUCAGUCAGAGUGGCCAGCUUAAACAGCAUCAGAGAACGCACACAGGGGAGAAACCUUUUGAAUGCUCAGAAUGUGGAAAGAAAUUCAGUGACCGUGGCAGUCUUCGACUCCAUCUAAGAACCCACACAGGGGAGAAACCUUUUGAAUGCUCAGAAUGUGGAAAGAGAUUCAGUGGCCGUGGCAAUCUUCGACACCAUCUAAGAACCCACACAGGGGAGAAACCUUUUGAAUGUUCAGAGUGUGGAAAGAGAUUCUGUCGGAGUGGCCAUCUUCAACUGCAUCAGAGAACCCACACAGGAGAGAAACCUUUUGAAUGUUCAGAGUGUGGGAAGAGAUUCAGUCGGAUUGGCCAUCUUCAACUGCAUCAGAGAACCCACACAGGGGAGAAACCUUUUGAAUGCUCAGAAUGUGGAAAGAAAUUCAGUUACCGUAACAGUCUUCGAUACCAUCUAAGAACCCACACAGGGGAGAAACCUUUUGAAUGUUUAGAGUGUGGGACGAGAUUCAGUCUGAGUGGCACUCUUCAACUGCAUCAAAGAACUCACACAGGGGAAAAACCUUUUGAAUGUUUUGAGUGUGGAAAGAGAUUCAGUCAGAGUGCCCCUCUUCGGCAGCAUCAAAGAACUCACACAGGAGAGAAACCGUUUGAAUGCUCAGAAUGUGGAAAGAAAUUCAGUGACCAUGGCAGUUUUCGACACCAUCUAAGAACCCACACAGGGGAGAAACCUUUUGAAUGUUCAGAGUGUGGGAAGAGAUUCAGUCAGAGUGGCCAGCUUAAACAGCAUCAGAGAACCCACACAGGGGAGAAACCUUUUGAAUGCUCAGAAUGUGGAAAAAAAUUCAGUGUCCGUGUUAGUCUUCGACGCCAUCUAAGAACCCAC